AAUAAAGGUCGCGAUAAGACAGUGUCCAUUGUCACUUCGGUCAAGAACAAUUCACGAUGAAGGUCGCCCUAGUCCUGUGCGUUGCUGUCAGCGCUGUGCUGGCUCAAGUCCCUGCACCUUGUCAAUCACCUCCACAAUGGGAAGGAAGGGAAGUAAGAGUUGAUUACAGUCAAAAGUACGAGGAAUAUCGCCGAAUCUUCUACGAUGAGACCAACAAACGCGUGCGCACCAUUGCGGAAGUGGAGUUCAAUAGCACUAAGGAAUUCUACGAUAUCCUUGACCUCUAUUCCACGAACCAGCGAUUCAGCAUCAAUAUGAGAACCCGUCAGUGCAAUGUGACCAUGCCCGACAGGCCUUUCCAUUACCGAGGUGUCCAUCCUAACGCCAAAUUCGAACAGUUGUUGUCACUCGGGCUCACUGGAUACCCAGGAGAGAGCAUCCAACUGGCUAUCUUCUCAGCCAAUGAGACAGAGGAAUUUUACACAGGAACGGUUGCUUAUCCAGCAUGUAUCCCAGUCACAAACAUUCACAUCACAAAGAAAUAUGGUUUUGAACACUCAGAUUAUUUCGACAUCACCGCCGGAAUUUCCGACCCGAUGGCUUUCGUACCUCCAUCAGAGUGCAUAAAAUCAUAGAAACUAGGUUUAUGUUAUCGCAUUUAUCAAUUAAAACUUAAAAUAUGACUGA